GUUUUGUUUGGCUAAUCGUUAUUUCAUCCGUUUAUAUUAUUAUUGUAUACAUAUACAUUAAUUUUGUCCCUGUCUAACCCCCUUUCCACUGCACUAUUCCUCGUUUUGAUCGUCUGUAGACCGCAGUUCGAAGUUCGAACUAUAAAUCCCUUGAUCCCAUUGUACAAUUGUAGUCGCACUGAAAUUCUGUGCCGCUUAAUAUCUCUUCGGCGUCUCCAACACGCGUUUGUUGUAACGUAGGUACGAACGACGCCCAGUGCUUUAAACUUGGCAAAGUGCUAACGUUACUGGUGGCAGUGGCAUGCAACCGUUGGCUUCCUCAGCGCACGUCUUAGCACCUAACAUAUCACCACGACGCGUCGAACCAAGAAGUCGAAACGGAACAACAAGUGAGUUCCGAAUAUUUUCGUGGGCCGCCAAAUUUCGAUGUUAGGUUUUUGUCAUAUCUAUUGUGUUCUCCACUGUUGUCAUUGUUAUUAAAACGAUAUUUAUUCGUGCAAUAUAAUGACAAACCGGUGACGGAUUUGGCUGUUCACCUGGGAAAAACGUUCCUUUUGUUUCUCUUUUCUACUCACCACACGAUGAUAACGCCCGGGGAUUUCACAUUUUAGAUUUCCCGUUAGUGUAGAGUUUUGGCUCAGGGGCAUUUGAAACUUCAAAAGUUCUUAUCAACGACCGAUGUCUUGUGAUUAAAGAUAAUACCCAUCAUCUUGUUUAUUUUAGAUUUUAUUAUUCACAAUGAUUAUUUGGGCCCCAUAGUUUUUAUGAAGGCGAAAGAAAAGAUUAUUCUAUGAUUAUUCAUAAAUUUUUUUUUCAAGUAUUUGUUAUUUAGUAUAUUAUUACUUUUAUCAUUUUUCUGCGCAUAUACUAUAUACUUAGUUUGCUUAUUGAAUGUGAUCAAAUAAUAUAUGGGAAUCAAUUUUGUUUCUAAAAUUUUCUUUUUCCUUUUUAUUUUUAACACAAAAUAUAAUUUAAGCGUAAUAUAUUAUAAUAUGUAAAAGUGUAAUAGUGUUAUGUAUAUAUUUUAAAUGUAUUGACAGAUAAUUUAAUAUUAUAUAUUUAUUAAUUAUAUUCUACUAAGAACUAAAUCUUUUAAUUUUAACAGUUUUAUUUUAGGUUUUUAAUUUUUUUUUUUCUAGUUAAUUUUUGAUUUUGAACCUCCCAGUAUCAAUUAAUUUUAACCAUAUAAGGUGCGUUAAUACUAGUUUAGGUAUUUUAUACCUAACUGAGUCCCUAAAAUUGUAUACCUAUGUGUAUAAUACUGUAUUUUAAUUAUUCUCUUUCUAAGAAAAUUUACCUUUAAUUAUAUGAUUUUAAAGUUUAAAAAUAAAAAUUAGGCUUUCGUUUUAUCCUUUUCAUUGAUUACUAAUAAUUUUAUAGAAUCUUUAUAUCUAUUUUUACAUUUAUAAUAAAACAUUUAUUCUUUUUAUUAUUUACUUUUAAGAUAAACAAUGAGAAACAGGAACAGAAAUAGAAAUAUUUCGAGUCAAUCUGAUCAAUCAGACGAUGAUCAAAUUUUUACACCAGUAGUUGACACCAGGUAAACAUAUAUACCUAACCUUGUACCUACUUAUAUAAAAUAUAUACUUAUAAUUUGUAUUAAUGAGCCUUCCAUAUAAGUAUCAUAUAUAAUAAUAAUAACAACUACAUGUGAUUAUAUUCUAAUUAAUAUGGGAAUAAAAAUAAAAUGUAAAGAUAUCUAGGUAUCUACCUAUUUAUUAACAUGACCUUAGUUAUAUAAAAUAAUUAAGAAAAAUGUAUGGGUGAGUUUAAAUAUUGAUUUAAAACUGACAUAAGUAAAUAAAAUAAAUUACUUGUUAAUAUAACAAGUAGUAAUCAGUAUAACAAGCUUACUAAUUGUUAUAUAUUAUUUACUCUUUAAGGUCUAAAUUUUCAUCUCUGAGUCAUACACGUAGAAGUAGUCAUCGGCACCAAGAAGAUGAUUCAAACCACGUUGGUAAAAGAUGCUAAUUCAUUAUGAAAUAAUACCAGAUAGUAUAAAUAAUAUAGUUUAAUUUUUAAUAUACAGAAGGAACUAGAAAAAGUACUAGGAAACGUAAAUUAAAAUAUGAAAAUUAUAGUGAUACUUGGAUUGUAGGCACUCAAGCUCUUAAAGGUUAUCCAAAUAUGGUAAAUGAAGAAACUGAUGGUAAGUUUUUUUCUAUUUCAAUAGAUUUUGUUUAAAUUUGUAACUACUCAUGUUAGAACCUAACAUCCACAAAUCUAUGUUUCCAUAAUUAGUUCCACGGAGAGUUACUAAAAGUACAAGAUUAAAACCAGAAGUAGAUUAUGAUGAAGAUGAUGAAGAGGAUGAUGAUGACGAUGAUGAUGAUGAUGAUGAUGCUGAUGCUGAUGCUGAUGCUGAUGCUGAUGCUGAUGCUGAUGUUGCUAAUGCUAAUGAACAAGUAGACAUAGAAAAAAAACAAACCAAUGUAUCAUCACAGAGUAAUAGUUCUAAACAAGAAGAGAAAAAUAAUUUGUCUAUUAUAGCAGAGGCUAGUGAUAGUCGUCCUAGAACCAGAAGAGCUGUGGCUGAAGCAAGUGAUAAGUCAAUUGGUCAACAUGAUGAUAAUUUAUAUACUCGAAUCAAACGUACACGCAGACAAAUUCAGCCUAAACCCAAUAGUAUGUAUAACUGUGUAGAUAAUUUGUAUCAUAAUAAUUGUGGUACUUAUUUUUGUUUUUUUUUUUUUUGCAGCUGCUACAGAACAAAGCAGUGAUGGAUCCAUGAGUUCUGAAGAGCUAAAUAAUUUGACUAAUUUUGAUGAUUAUUUAACUUCCAUUAAAAAGAAGCUAACUGUAAAAAAAAAAAAAAGAAAUACUUUACGAUUUAGAAAGUGUACCAUUCGAGAAUCUACUAAUGGGCCUAAUAGAUAUUAUAGGUACAGUUUACGUAAAGUUAAGCCUGUUGUCCAAAGAUUUCAAAUACAUACUGAAAAAAAUACAAGUGAGUUAAAAUAAACUUUUAUUUUUGUGGAUUAUGCGCAAAAUAUUUAUGUAGAGUUUUUACUUAAUAAUGUGGAUUGGUUAACUGUAGUUCGUUUAAAAAAAAUAAAAGAGUUAUUGUUACAACUAUUACAACCUCCAUUUGAUAACAUGGACUUAUUUCUUUAAAUUCUUGUAAUGCUUAUAUUUUGCUGAUAACAAAACUUAUGUUUUAAUAUUUUAUAAUAGUAUUUCUUCUAUCUUGUAGUGAUGCCUGAAUAUCUGAAUUCUCUAUUAUUUUUAGAAAAAGUGCUUUAAAAAAGUCAUUGUAUUGUUGAAACAAAUUAUUAUAAUUAUUGACCACUAUUCAGUUUUAUCAGAGCAACUACCUAUUGAUAAUAAUAUAGCUAUAUUUUACUCUAUUUUAAAUUUUUAAAGCUAUAUUAAAAAUUAAAAAAUAUUUGUUAGAAAAUAAGGACUAAUAGAUAAUAAAAAAGAAUAGCCAUACUGUCAUUAAAAGAACAAUAUUAAGGCUAUUCAAUAUUUAUAUUUCAAACUGAUUGAGUUAUUAAUGACUAAUGAUUAGUAUAGGUCAUUGAUAUCAAUGAUGUGAAUCUAGGUAGGCAUCGGAAAACUAUGUGACACUACCAUAUUGUUAAAAAGUAACCUACUUUUUUUAUACAUCAUGUAUAUUCAUAAAAUAAUAAAUAAUAUUCUUUAAUUAAAAGUAUUAAGUAGUACAAUUAGUAUUAGGACAGUAUUACUAUAAAAUUUAAAAAGUUUUAUUAAAUAGUUUAAUUUAAAUUUAAAAUAUAAUAAUAAGUUGAACUUGUUAAUUACAAUAUACUAAUUGAAUGCCAUUCAAAAAAUAGACAAAAAAAAGAUCUCUAGUAUUAAUAUGUAACAAAGACCAAACUACUCCAAUCUGUCAUCUUUAGGACUAGGGUAUGUCGGAACUAUAAAAAGGUUGGACUAUCAGAAUAUACAAACAAUUGUAUUUACAUAUGUAUUUACUAAACAUUUGAAUGUUAGCAUUAUACAAAUGUAAGUAAUAUAAGUAUAUACAUGGUCGAAAAUAUACGAGAGAGGACAGAGUUGCUAAAGCAGACAAGCAAUAAGGGAAUUAGUAAACUGCCAAUUAAUUUUAUAUAGUAUUUAGUUACUAUAAAUUUGAAAGUCCAAAUGUAUUUUUAAAGUAUUCAUAUCGAUAAUACUAUAGUUGGAUCAACUGGAAUGACAGACUAUAGUCUGGUCAGUAAAAGAACGUUACACUGGGCGGUGACCAAACCUCGUCUGUUCCCGCGCAUUCCUAUAGCGAGUAGGUAGUUGAGUGGGAGAAAUUUGGGCACAAAACUGUGGAGCUUGUUCAUUUAGAUGCACAUAGAAGUAGCGUUCUCUCAUAGGCCCGAAGAGCAUUUAAAACAAGUUGUAUUAUGUGAAAUUAAGGUUUUUUUUUUUAGCUGGGAUGUAAUUCUUAAGUACUAAUUUAAAAAAAAAAAAAAAAUUGGAUUGUCAUUUUAGUUUUACUUGUCAUCCUCACCCUGCAAAUUAAUAAGUACCCGUGAUUGAGUGUUGAACCGGCGAUAGUGAGCUCCAAACACUAAGCCUUACUCACCUUUUUACUCCUCUUUUUGAUUAAUAAUGUCAUUUAUUUAUUGUUGCACAAUUAUUUUAGUAGUUGUAUCUUAUUCUCUUUAAUUUUGUACAUAUUUCUGAUAUAUUUAUUCAUAUAUUUACCGAAAUAGUUUUUAUUGUUAAUUAAGCUAAUAUAUAUUAAUAUAAGCUUUCUAUUAUUUACAGGAGCUGUAAAAAAUCCUUCAAAAAUGGUAAAUGGUCCACGAAAACGUCGUGUUUCAUCUUCUUCUGGAUCUAGUUCCACUAGUUUGUCUGAUAAUGAUCUUGUAGAAACUUCAGUCAAUCAAACUCAAGUAAUAAAAAAACCCAAAGGUCAUACUAGAGAUGAAAAAAAUAAAAAAAAAACAUCCCUAGAAGAUAUAAAGCCAGUUGUUGUAGAUAGUGGUAUCGGUUUCCAUAAUGUUGGUGGUUUGCAAGGACAUAUUGACUGUCUUCGUGAAAUGGUUGUUUUUCCUAUGGUUUAUAGAGAUGUAUUUCAAAUGUUUGACCAACAUCCUGCUAAAGGAGUGAUUUUCCAUGGGCCACCUGGAACAGGCAAAACAUUACUUGCAAGAGCAUUAGCAAAUGAAUGUGGCACUGGAGACCAGAAAGUAUCAUUUUUUGUACGUAAAAGUGCAGAUAUAUUAUGCAAAUGGGUUGGUGAAUCAGAAAGACAACUUAAACUUCUUUUUGAAAAGGUAAAGUUUAUUUGAAAAUAAUUCGUUUAAAAUUAAAACAUUUUUUACCACUAUUAUUAGAAAUUGGUUUUUUUAUAAUUUAAACCUAUUAACUUAUUUAUUUUUCCUGAAAACUGUUAAUAUAAUAAUUAGAAACACUAGAUAUCUUUAUACUAUAUUACAUGAGAGGUAUGCCACACUAUAAUAAAAAUUAUAAUAUAAUUAUAUAUUAAUAAUCUUGAUUAAUUACUGGUAUCCUGACGUCCAAUAUUAGCCGUUCUCAAACACAUAUUUAUACUGCUAGUUUAGUCGUAAAGAGGAGAAAAUGGUGUAUUACAAAUUUGCAGACAUGUUCAGCUUAUAUGUGCAGAUCUGGCCUACUUUUUCAUAGAAUAGUAUAUGUAGUCAUAAUAUUUGAAAUUUUUUUUUUUUUUAAUUUUACUUAUAUAAUAGACAUUUUUAGAAUAAUUUUUUUAAUGUAUGUAGUUAUGCCAAAUAAAAAGUAUUUUUUUUUUUUUUACACCAAUGUAUUACUUAUCUGAUUACAAUUGGUAAUUUUAAAACUAAAUAAACAUAGUUAAUUGAACUUGAAUUAUUAAAUUGUAAUUGUAAAACAAAAAUAUAACUAUUUAAGUUAUUUUUCAGGCAAAAGAAAUGAAACCAGCUAUUAUAUUCUUUGAUGAACUUGAUGGUUUGGUGCCAGUACGUUCUGGUAAACAAGAUCAAGUUCAUAAUAGUAUUGUAACUACUAUGUUAGCAAUGAUGGAUGGAUUAGAAAACCGUGGUGAUGUCAUUGUUAUUGGCGCUACAAAUCGUAUAGAUUCUAUUGAUCCAGCUCUCAGAAGACCCGGACGAUUUGAUAAAGAACUUUAUUUUCCUCUUCCGACAGACAAAGUAACAUUAAAUAAUUUUAAGCAAGUUUAAAUAAUGUACAAAUUAUAUAUAUUUUUUUAUAUAUAUUUAUCUAGGACAGGCUAAAAAUAUUGCGAAUUUUUAUUAGCAAAUGGAAAAAUGUCCCAACUGAUGAAGUGUUAUUAAAACUAGCUGAAGAAACUGUUGGUUAUACGGGUGCAGAUUUGAAUUCCUUGUGUUCUGAAUCAGUAUUGCAAGCAUUAAAUCGUACAUAUCCUCAGAUUUAUAAAACAUCAAAGAGGCUACUUUUGGACACAAACAAAAUUGAGGUAUGUUUGAUUAUUUUUAAUAGCAUAAUAUUUUAACUAUCCAUAAACCUAGAUCAUAAAACAUUUUUAAAUGAAUAAAAUACAAAAUUCAAAUCUAGUUAAUCUAAAACCAUAAAUUUCAAAAUUUACUAGUUUAUAGAAAUGUACUUAAAUGUAUUUAAAAAUAUAUAAUAUCUAUUUAAAACAUUUAAUGAAUGAGUAACUUUUAAUCUUUUAUUUGAUUAAAUAAUUAAUAUUAAACAAUUAAUGUUCAGUGAGGUAACAAUGUAUUUUAAAUAUUCAAUGUUCAUCUAAUUUAAAAUUAACUUUUUUUGUUUAUGUAUGUAUAAUAAUCGUUGCAUUACUCAGAUUAAAAGCUCCCACAUAUUUGUCGACAUUUUUUCAUUCAUUUAUUUCACCAUUAUCAAAUAAUAUUUAACAAUAAAAAUAAAAGAAUAUAAAAUGGGCAUAAUGAUAUCCCUGUGAAAUGCGUAGUUUAUGUUUGGAGUGAGUGUGUUCAAAAAAAGUUAAAUAUGAUUAACUUAAUUGUCUAAAAAAUUUGUAUAGAUAAUAUAAAUAAAAUAAUAUAUAAGAACAUCAUUAAAUUAAUUGAAACUAAAAAAAAUAAUACAGUGGUUCUCAAUCAAAAUAGUGUAUGAUCAGGUAGUAUAUUUUGAAUUGUUCAUUGAAUAUGUUCACUAAUCAAUAAUAAACUAUCAAAUUUGUUAUUUUUAGACUUUGUGCAUGAUAGAAAUCACAUCACAAUUUGUUAUUAUUAUUUUUUGUUUUUAUAAUGUUAAGUACUACUCGAAAACAUUCUUGUCAAUAACUAAUAAAUAGGUAAUUGGGAUACUUAUUAGAACAAGGGCCCAAUUCUGUUUUAUUUUUAAAAAAAAAACUUUAAAACUUUUAACAAAUUUGUAAGGUCAAACUAAUAUUAUAAAUUGAAUGAACCCACUUAAUAGUUAAACAUUAGGCUAAAUUCUAAAGUUUUUCAUAAAAGAAAAAAAAAUAUACUAAGAAAAAUAUUUCUUUUAUGUCCUAAACUCUAGCCUUAAAAUUUAAAUAUACCAUAUUUUUUUUUCAUCAUUAUACUUAUAGACUACUUAAGUAUUAGUGUUUUAACAUUUUUAUAUUUACUAAGAUAUGCAAUUAUUUUAUUAGUAGAAUCUAUUUUUAUUUUAUUUUAAUAUUUAAAAUAAAGAGCUAAUACAGAAAAAAAAAAACAUCAACUGUUAAGCUUAACGAAUUAUCAGCCAUUGCUGAAAGUCUGUAGAAAGAGUAAGAUAAAUAGUUAUUAAUUUAUAUUUGUAUGCAAAAAUAAAUUAUUGCUAAUGAAUAACGAUGCCUUCGCAUAUGUUUUGAAAUGAUUACUUUUUUAUGUUUACAUUAAAAUUAGAACUUAUAAUGCUUGUUAGAAAAAAAAUGACUACAUUUUGCUCAACUUUUUUGUUACUAAGUACCUACAACUUUUAAUAAAUCUUGUUUUAUAUUUUCAAGCAUUUCUCUUUGGCCAAACCAUUUUAUCCACAUAAACCAAAUGAAACUAAAAACUUUAAAAUGUUUUGCUCAAAAAUUAUUAGAAUGUUUUGAAAAUUGUAUCAUUUCUAGAAAUAAGUACUAUUAUUCUCUGAAAAAUCUUAAGUCUCUAUGAUUAUUUAUUUUUACUCAAAUUACAAAAAAACACAAUAUUUAAAAUAAUUAAAAUUGUUAUUGCAUACUUUUUCCCAAACUUGAAGGUAAAUCAAAAAAAAAAAACGAAUUGCCCCAACUAGACCACUAACUGGACAAACAUUUUUUAUUAGAAAAGAUGCGUAUAGUUAGACACAUAGUAAAACUAAUAAAUUCCUUGCUAUGCUCACAGUCUAAUGUACAAGAACUAGUAUUUUUGAUACUGCUAAUCAUUAUAGAUACAUUUUCUCAGAUUUGGUUUGUAAGAAAAUGUCUUUGUUUUAUAUAAAAAUAAACCUUUCCUAUUCCUUUUCUUCAUAUUGUAAAGCUUAAUGGUUAAACAUUUAGAUGAAGAAGAUAUGAAUGAUUUACUAAAAAUAUCAAUGAAAUAAAUUAUAAAAUAUUAACUUGUUAAAUGCAAAUUAUUUAAAGAACCAUGAAAUAAUAAUAGUAUAAACACUAAACUACUUUGUUACACUUCAGACUAAAGUUGGAUAUUUAUCAAGAAAUAAUGUAUUAAUUUAUGUAUUUGGAACUAUAAGAAAAAUUACUAUUUUUCAUAAAACUAAGUAAUAUUAACAAAAUUAAUUAAAAAAUGCUAAGCUUGUUUAUCUUGUAGAUUGUUUUUGAAAACUAAAAUGUAAAGUAAGUAGUUUAAAGUAAAAUGAAUUUUUUUAAACCAAUAUUUUCGAAGAAAGAUGUCCAUAAUAUCUCUGGAGUGUAAAAAAUAGUUUAAAUAUCUGGUUUUAAACUGAUAUUGGUUAAUUUCAAUAACAACUCAUGGUUUUCGAUUUUGGAUAUAGGAUCAGGUAUCAGGUUUAUAUCAGUAGCAAAUAUCGGAUAUUGGAAAAAAAUUAAUCACUAGUUAAACAAAUAACACACAAAUCUAAACAUUUUGGAUGUCUUUUCAAAAUAAAAUCCCUGUGGUAAGUGAAAAAUGAAUAAAUAUCUUACUACCAUUUUCUCAUCGAAAAUGUACGAAUAUUGGUUUUUUUCAACAUAUUAUGAAAUAACUACAUGAUGAAUUAUGUCAUUCAUCCAGUAAUAUUUUCCAACUGUGCUUAGGUUAUGAAGGUCUUGAAUAUCCUUGAUAUUAUAUGUGUUAUAAAUUAAGGAUUUUUUUUUCUAAACCGUUCUUUGCUGUAAAUAUUUUUGUUGAUUUAGUAUUUUGUAGUGUAAACAAAAAUUAAGAACCACUGUAUUAGUAUAUUGCUGUUCUAAAAUGGUUUGGAAUGUUUAUUUCAGUUUGUUCAAUACAUGUUAUCUCCCAGAGAUUUGAUAAAUGCAAUAACUUUUGUUCUGUUUAAUAUUUUAAGUUUUAUUAUAUUUUAUUUUUUUAAAACAUUUCAAUUUUUUCAAUAAAAUCCAAGAAGGCUGUUUUAUACAAUUAAUUUAAAUUGUUUUUAUCACCACUACUUAUACAUAAUUAACCCUACAGUGUAUGUGUAAUAUUGAUUACAAUAUGAUUACACACACAUGGUCAUUUUGACCGGGUACUUAUAAUCUACCCAAUUUUCUUCAAUAAUCUACUAAAUCAAUUGAAAAAUAAUAUAUGUUUAUAGAGCAAUAUAAUGCAUAACUUGAAGAGAAAUAAUAAAAUUACCGGGUUAUUUAGACAUGGGCACAUGAAAUGCAGGGAUAAUAAAUAAUAAUAAUGUACUAUGAGUACUUUUUUGUGGAAAAAAUGACUAAUAAAUAUUGGUAUUUCAUAUUAUUUACUAACAGCAAUGAAAACAAUUUAAACUAUUGCAAACUUCAAAAGAUUUUAAGAAAAUGAAUGACUCGCCAUUAGUAAACAUUUGUAAUAUUAACAUUUUGUUUCAUAAUAAAUUAAUAAAAUGGUUAUCUUAGAUUUUGUAAAAUAUAAGUUAUUAUUACAAUAAUAUAAAACUUAAAAAAUAUUUAACAGAACAAAAGUUAUAACAUUUGUCAAUCUAUAAAAUUCUUUUAAAACCUGUGGAUUUAUUUCAAUUUUUUAUAAAGUAUCUUAAACAAAUAGAUAAAAAUAGUUAAAUAAAAUUAUGUAUAUUAGUACAAUAUUCUAAUAAAAUAUAUUAUACAUUUUAGGUAAAAAUGGAAGAUUUUGAAAAAGCAAUGAGCAAAAUUGUGCCAACUACAGAACGCAAUAUUGUACUUAAUCCUAAAAAACUUCCAGCUAUUUACCAUCCAUUAUAUGAAAAUACUCUGAAAAACUUAAUAGUCUUAUUAAGUCAAAUAUUACCUGAACUUAAUUUACAACCAAAUCAAAGGUAAUAAAUAAUUUGAAAUAAAACUCAGUAUGUCUAUGGUUUAUCACGUAGAUUGUAAAUAUAAUUUUAAACAUUUUCAUAUUUGAUUUAUAUUAUAAUUUUAUUAGUUUUUACAUAACUCAAUUAGGUGCCUUUCUCCUCUCCAUUCUAUAUUUAUUCUCCAAGAAAAUAGUAUUUACAACACAUUGUUAUUACAAUAUUUCUAUUAAAACUAGCCAUCAGUUAAUAACUAAUAUAAAUUAGUACAUCAAUUUUCAUUUACAAAAGUUCAUGUCAUCUAUUUCAUUGUUAAUACAAAAUAAAUUUGUACAAACAAAAUUCUACUAUAGCUUAUAUGUUAAAUUAGAUAGUUGCCCAUUGACAGACAUUUUUAAAAACUAAAUUUAAAUAAUAACAUUUAUUAUAUAUAAUCUAAUUUUAAUUAUCAUAUUUUAUUAUAAUGUGUUAUAUAUUCAUUUGUUUAUUUUUAUAUUAGACUGAGAGUUGCAAAUGCUCCUCGCUUACUAGUGCACAGCCUUUCAAAUUCAAAAAAUGUCUUAGUUAUUCCAGCUCUUUUGCAACACUUUGAAAAUUGUUAUAGACAUACACUAAGCUGUGUAACAUUAUACUGCAAUUCAACAUAUUCUCCUGAAGAAGCUAUUUUACAGGUUAUAAUAAUAUGUGAUUAUUAGGAAUAAAUACUGAACUAAUUGCAAUUUAACAGUUUUGAAUUCAAUAGUUCAUUGUGGUUUUUUUUAUGUUAAGUAAUUUAUGUAUGUGAAUGCUUUAAUUUGUUAUUUUAUUUCAUUUUUCAGAUUUUUAAAGAACUUCCUAAACAUCUUCCUGCAAUUUUAUUUAUUCCCAAUAUUGGUGAAUUUUGGUCUAGCUUAUCUUUUCAUUUACAAAGGUUAUUUUUAGAGUUAUUAAAUUCAAUGGAUAUUACUCUUCCUAUAUUGAUAUUUGCAACAUCACUUUAUGAUACCACAGAUUUGCCAAACGAAGUAAUAAAUAUCUUAAAUUAUUAAUUAAACUAUCAUUAUUAUAAGAUUUAUUUUUAACUUAUUUAUAGGUAUUAAAUUUAUUUGUUGGUGAAAAAGUAAAAUAUUGUAUUCCGAAUCCAUCUGAAAAAGAUGUUUACUCAUUAUAUUUGUCAUUACUUGAUAAAGCACUUACGCCACCAAUAAUAAUUGAUCAACAAUCAUUAGAAGAAUUACCAAUUGCUCCACCACCUAGUUCUCCAAAAUUAAGUGAAACUGAGUUAAAAAAUAUAAUUUGUCAAGAAGAAAACACAUUGAGAGAACUUAGAAUAUUUUUACGAGAUAUUUGUGCUAAACUUGCUCGCAACAAACAGUACGUCGUUUUUAGAUACUAAAUCACAAUAAAUAAAAAUAAUCUAUUUGACAACAAAAUCAUAUUAAGCAUAUAUUAUAACAUAAGUCUGAGACUACUUUAUUAUUACAAUAAUAAACAUUUGUAAAUAAAAUGUAUUCAAAAUUAUAUUAUAUUAUAUAAGCUAAUUUAUCAUAAUGUAAUAAUUAGUAAACUCAAAAAAAUUGAUGUUACAGAUCUGUUUCUGUCAUAGCUUCAUUCUUACUUGACUGAUUGUACUCAAAUGCUAAAAAAAAGUAGUUCAAUUUCUAAUAUAGUCUUCAUAUCAUCUAGAGUACUUUAGGGAAUACACUUGUUGUCAUUUUACUGUUUUUAAUAUUUAUAAACGAUGUAAGGAGUGUUUUCAGAUAUUGUAGUUAUUCACUCUUUGCUAAAGUUUAAUUUGCCUGUGUCAUCAAUUUAGGAUACCAACAACCUACAAUCAGAUCUUAACAUUUUGAUUAACUGGUUCAUAGUUAAAGGCCUUUAAAUAUUAUUAAAUGUGUUAAUAUUUCUUGUCGCUAUAAGUGGAAUUUAAAUACAUUAUAUGCAAUGGGAAAAUUAUACAGGUGGCUCAAGUUUGUGGCUUAGGAUCAAUCUUUCUAAAGGACAUUUGUUUAAAUUUAAUAAUAUAAACUGUUUUAUUGUACUUUACUGUGCAUUAGUGAGGUUUGUUUUAGAAUUUUGGUCUUUGGUCUUAAACCUAUCUCAGUUUGGUCAAAUAAAAAAAUUAAAAAGCUAUAAUGAUGUUUCAUACACAUGUUUGGGUAUGAAAUAGGCUUUAAAGAUAUGUUCUCCUCUAAUAUAGCUAUCAAAUAGUCUAGUGUCAUUAGUUACUCAUUGGCAGUAUUCUGAUAUUGUAUUCAUAUACAAGUUAAAAAAUGGUAUAAAAAAUUGUCCCGAGUUACUGUAAAAAAUUUUAGAGUCUCUUUUUUUGAUUUAACUACUUUUCACAGUAAUAAGAAAUUAUUUAAAUAAUAAAUAAUAAUGUCGUUUGUCUAAGUUUUGUAAUAAGCUAAUUAAUUUGUAUUUUUAUUUCAACUCAAUAACCAAACGAAAAUUGUUUUUAUUUAAUUAUUAAUACUUGCUUUUAUAACAGUAUCUGUGUUAAGAUAAGAAUAAGUAUAAUAAUUAACCCUCUUAGACCUUGUAGGUUUUAAUUAUUAUUAAAUUAACAAAUUUCCACAUUAAAUUUAACUAUCAUAUAUUUUGAAUAGAAAUAAAUUAAAAAUGUCUAAUAUAAAUAUAGUAACUUAUGCCCAGUACAAUUAAUUUUGUAUUUCAAUCAUUUAAUAUAAAUUAAGGAGCUUUUAUAUUUGUUUAGAUUUUUCUUAUUUACAAAACCUGUUGAUAUUGAAGAAGUGCCAGAUUAUUUAGAAAUUAUUAAAGAACCUAUGGAUUUAGAAACUGUAAUGAGCAAGAUUGAUAAACAUUGUUAUAUUUGUGCAAAAGACUUUUUAUCGGAUAUUGAUCUCAUUGUAAGAAAUGCUUUGGAAUAUAACCCUGAUAAAAGUGCAGAAGAUAAGCAUAUAAGACAUAGAGCGUGCUCUUUAAGAGAUAAGGCAUAUGCAUUUAUCAAAGCAGAAAUGGACUCUGAUUUUGAAGAUAACUGCCAAGAUAUAAGAGAAAAGCGUAAAAAGCGUAAUGCUACAGAGAUUGAACAAACAUGUGUUCCUGAUUUUGUACAUACUAUUAAAAAAGAACAGAUAGCAGAUAAAGAUGGUAAAUUAAUAUUUUUAAUGAUAAUAUCUAUAAAAUUAUUUUUAUUAUAUUUUAAAUAAAAUGUAUUUAUUUUGUAUUUAUGUAUAUUUCUUUAAACACUUUUUACUUGAGUUUAUAGUGUUAAUUAUGUAUCUAAAGUUUUUAAUUUAUCUAAUUGUACCUAUUAGUUACAUAUUUGAUAAUAAUAGAACACAGGGGAGUUGAAUAAGUUUUGAACUCUUAAUACAGCAUAUCCAUAAUAGUUUGUCUAUUUCUGGACCAAGAUAUUCAUUUAAAUUUUAUUUUAUAAAUAUUUACUGCAAUUUUACUUUAUAUUUUUAUUGUCUGGUUAGCAUUAUAACAGUAGUAUUAAGUUUUUUACACUGUGGAAUUUUAUUUUAAUAUUUUACUAUUUAUAUAUUAUAUUCCUUUAUAAAAAAAUCAAUUUUCAAAACUGCUAUAUUAUAUCUAAUUUUUAUCUAUGCAUAUUUAAUAUAAAUAGUAAUUGAUACUGUAUUUAAAAGUUCUUAUAUACAGUGUGUUUGAUUUUUCAGGUAAGACUAAAUAUUUUGGGUGGAUAAUCUAAGAUUUGAAUUCUGUUUUUGGGAGAUUGCUACUGAAAUCUACACUUUAAUUUUUAAUACUUUUGGCGCAUGUAUGUGCAAUAAAAUAAUUUUUAAUAGCAAUACUUAUUUUUUACCCUGGACUGGUCUACGCUUUUCAAGCAACUUUGUUCAAAAUAUUUUUAACUCCAUAAUUCCUUGAGAUACAGCUAUCUGAAUUUGAUUAAAAAUUACGAUUUUAAAAUGACUAAUACUAAAGAAAUUUGAUUACUAAUAAUUAUAUGUAAAUAUAGCAUACAUAAUAACAUAUGUUAAAUCUUUUUGAAAAAUGUAUAACAAAAUCAUAUUUUUCAACUAACUUCAGAUGGUUGUAUGACAAGUUAUUUUUUAAAUAAAAAGUUACUUGAAAAAAAUAAGACUAAUCGAAUCUAAAAUUUGUCAAAAAUAACUGUUACUAUAUAAAUUACUUAUGUAUUGUGCAUGCGCACAUCAAGGGUUAAAAAUUUGAAAUUUGUUAUAAUCCUACUACCUUCUAAAAAUAGAAUUCAAAUCCAAAGUCAUCUGGCCGAAUUAUUGAGUGUUAUAUGGAAACACUUAAUUGCAUAUGUUACAUUUUCCUUUCCCUAAAUUGUGUUAAAGUUGAAAUUGUGUAUUUUUCAGAUAAUCUUGAAGAUAAUAGUGCCAGAAAAAAAAAGCGCCGUAAUAUGUGGCAAAAAGGAUUAUUAACUCCGAAGAAGAAGAAAUACUCAAAAAACACCAAAGUAUACUAUAAUAAAUUUAUGAUUUCAUGUAAUAAUAUGUUUACUAAAUUGAUCACAUUGUUAUGAUUUUUAAUGAUUCAGGAUCAUGAAGAGAGUACAGUAAACAACAGUUUUUCAACACUUAAUGGAUUUGAAACUAGUGAGUGAAAACAUAAUUUUUUCUUUAAUCAAAUUAAUAAUAAACCAUUAUUUUAUAAAACUGAAUUUUUUUUAACCACUCAUUAAAAAUCAAUAAGUUGCUGAUUUAUUAUUGCAUUACUUUUAACAAUCUGAUUGAUAUUCACAAUAAUAUUGAGGUAUACUAUUUCACAUCAACUAUUUUAUUUAUAAAAUGUUUUGAAUAUUAUUUUCAACUAUUAAAUGAUAAUGAAAUAUAUAAUAUUUGAGUACUAAAUUAUAAUCAAUAACUAAACACUAUUUAUUUGUUUUUCACAGUUAAUGGAAUUGAUGAAAGCAGCAAUGAUAGCACAAUGUGUGUAGAUCGGUCACGUUCUCCUAGCCUUAUACCAAAUGACAAAAAUGAUUUAGGUUAGUAUUAAAUAUAAUAAUGUAUAUAAUAUAAUAACUUUGUUUAUUAUUUAUAACUAAACGUUCUGAAAUAUGUAUACAAAAUGAAGCCCUGAAUACUAUAUUAAUUGACCAAAAAACCAUUUUCGAUUAGCUAUAUAUUAUAUUAAUUGUUUUUAAUUUUGACUUUUGUGUUUAAUUUAUUUAUUUUUCAUAGAUCCAUCUCAAACUUGUAAAGACCUUAAGAUUGAUGAAAAUAUAGUCAGUGACUUUUUUACCAAAGAUGUAAUGGCAUUUUGGAAUGAAAGAUUAUGUCAAGAUAGUUUAUGUAUUGAUGAUGACAUAAUUAAAUUGUUCUCAACAUUUCAUAGCAAAAUUAACCAGUAUUUACAAAAAUGGGAUCGAUCAGCUCUAAUCAUGGUAAUUAUAAGUAAUGAUAGGUCGAACUGUUUGAAUCUCGAAUCGAAUCGUACUAUUUAGUAUCUAAUACCGUUUGAGAAUUGAACUUUGAAGUAUUUGUCGACCUGAUUAUAAAAAUUCAAAUUCAAAUUUAAUUCACGCUCUGCCAUUUUUGUUAUCAUCAAAUAUUUGAUUGAGAAGGGUAUAUAUGCAAUAAUUUUGUAUAUUUUAACCAUGAGUAUUGUCAUGAAAUCUGAAAAAUAUAUUUUUAAUUUAGGAAAACCAAUAAGUAACAAUAUUUCACCAGUUACAUCAUUAUCUUGUUAAAAACAUUAAAAUCCUGUUACAUUAUAUAGAUAAGUUUAAUUUCUAUAAUGUACUUUGUUCAUUCGGUUACAUCUAUAAUUUACUAUAGUUUAUAUAAUUUGCAAGUUAUUGUAUAAGUUAUAUAGGGUAAUAUAAUUUCCAUUGUAUUUCUUUUUGUCCUAUAUAGACUUAUAAAUAAAAAGUAAUUGAAAUUCUAGUUGAUUUACAUUUUAUAUCUAUAUGGAAAAAAUUCAAGUUUGAGUUCGACUAAAAAGUAUAAAAGUUUGGUGUUCGGUUUAGUUCAGGUUUGAAAAAUAUUGUCAAAGUUCAGUUUGAUGUCAAGGUUAGGUUAUGUUAAGUUACGAAAAUCAGGGUUUGACCAAUUACUAAUUAUAAGUAAUAAUAUAAUUUAAUUCAAAUUCAACAUUGUUCAUCAGAAUUUAGUUUUAACUUCUAGUUAAGCCUCACUGACCUAUCUAACACUCUCAAAAUUUAUCACACUAAUUAAUUUUGUACGGAUAAUGGUAUCAAUUAAACAAUGUAAUAAAAAAAUCAUUAGUGAUUAGAUAAAGUGAUUUAUGGAUUUUGGGAUUAAAAUCUUCAUUUUUUUUUUUUUUUUUGUCACCUGUUAUUCAUUUUUCAUUCACCAAUAAUCAUAAUUUUGUUUACGAUUUUCAACCUAUAUGUGCAACCUAUCGUGUAACCAAUCGAUUUUCAUUUAGAUCAAAUAUCCCAAACUUCCUGUCGCAAUGUGACAACUUGAUUAAUUUAGGUUUGAUAAACAACUAUCAUGCAGGCAUAGUUCUCGUAAUACAGAUUUUAAUUUUAUUUGUACAAUUAAAAAUUAACUGUUUUAGGAGUUGCAGACAGAAUUUGAAAAUUUUAAAAUUCAAUAUUUUGAAGAACUAGAAGAAAAAGAAUAAUUAUGUUUUAAUUUGUUGUACCAAACUACCAAAAAAAUAUUUAGUUCAACAUUAUUUUUGUUGUUAUAUUUUGAUAUUUAACUAAAUAUUUUUUAGGUAUGGUAAUAAAGGUACGUAUUUAAAUGUGUAAUGGUUAAUCCUGAUCCAGUUUUGUACUGCCAUUUUUUAAAACUAUUUCUUAUUAUAAUAUAUUACUUACAUUUUAUGUUUUGUUUUUUUAAAUUCCACAUAUAAAUUUGUUACUUUUAAUAAUUUAUUGUAAACCAAUAAUUUUAUUACUAAUAAAUCAACUGUAAACUAUUUCUGUCAUUAUUUAAAACUAUACCUAAUAUUUGGCUUUUGUCAUUCUUACUAUUUUAUAACAGUUUUGAAUUAAAAGACGCUGGUGUCAAGAUCUAUUAAAUUAAAUAUCAAGCCAACAAAUUGUCUGUAAUAUUUUAAACUAUCAUAUUUAAUUAUUGUAAUUUUUUUUGUAAAUAUAGAUUAUUAAUUUGUUUAAA